AUGUUUCCCUUCCGCAGCGUUCUUUUGUUUGGGCUGAUACUUUGUUUGGUGUGCAGAUUUCCUGAAGGACAAAAGUCCUUGAACUUCCUGCUUUUUCGGAAAAUCGUUACCGACCACAACAGGAAGUACAUAUCCUUGUAUGAUGCUGCGAUCAGUCAGGACUACACCACGAUUAACAUUACCCUGAACCUUGCGCGGAACAUCACGGCGGAUAUAUGGCUUAAGGCCACGAUAGGGCAGCGGGUGUCCAAACACGGAGAAUCCUACAGGGACGUCUUCACCUACAACGUGAAUCUGUGCCAGGUGAUGGGCAGGGGCAAGGGCAACAGCCUGAUCAACUUCUGGCUGAAUAACAUCCUCAGGCAGUCCAAUAUGCCCCGAAACUGUCCACUCAAGGAGGGCAACUACUAUAUGCGGAACAUUCGAUCGGAAAAGGAGACCAUUCCACGGUUCAUUCGCUCGGGCAGCUUUCGCAUAGACUCUAAUGUUUAUGUGAGGGACUGGCACAGUGUCAAUUUGACAGAAACAAUCUUUUAUGUCGACAUAAAAAUGAAGUGA